CUUUUCAAGAAAAAUAUAAACAGAAGUCAUCUCCCUCCUGCACGGCUACACCACCGGUAUACCGACACCGGGUCCAGCACUACCACCUUCAACCCAAAAGUUUGUCAAUCUCAAGGUUUGUGUUUGUUUAUCCAUUUUCUUUUAAUGGGCGCGCAUAAGAACACAAAAGAUGGGAGAACCCAAAAAUGUGCUCAUUCUAGAAAAAUAAAAGAACCCAAAGAAGAAGAUUCUCCCGAUGUACUAUCCGAAGAACAAGUCAAGCGCGCUUCUAUUUUAGAUAAACGAAUUACGAAAUAUUCAAGAAUUGGAUUCUUUGAAGAGUCCUUUUUACGAUUUCAUGAAAAAUUUAUGAAGGAGAGGGAGGAAAAAGCAAGAAAGUUAAAGAAGGAGAGGGAGGAAGAAGCAGGAAAAUUAACGAAGGAGAGGGAAGAAAAUGGAGGAAAAUUAAUGAAGGAGGGGAAAGAAAAAGCAGGAGAAAGCGAACGAGUUGGAAAAGUAGAAGUAGAAGGACGGGGAGAAAGAACAAGGACAGGGAGAACAGGGAGAAGGACAGGGACAAGGAAGGAGGGGAAAGAGAAAAGAGAAGAGGAGGAAGAUCGGAUAGAGGGUUCUCACUCUCUUAAAUCUUAUUCAAUGAUAUGACAAGUUAACCUGAUGAUCUCUGGAGGAUGUACAGACUCUUUGCUAACUUUCAGAAGAUGCAGCGGCAAAUAACAAAGAUGUAUAGGGAGACAUUUUAGAGUACGUGGAUCAUGGCUAUAAAUUACUUAUGUUUAUUGUUAAUGACUUGAUGUUUUUUAGUGGGAUCAUUAGAUUUUAUGAUUAGAGUUAUAUGAAUUCUGUCCUGUUGGCUUUGGUUCA